AUGCGCGUGUUCGACGGUGUGCUCGUCAAAACUACACCUGCCACCAUGGCCGUCAUUGAAGAACUAAACGAAAUGACCGACUUCAUCCAAUACAGAAUCAGCGACGAGUACGUGCUGUGCAAACCCAACUCCACCACGACACUGGAGGUUAAUCUUCACGGCACCAAAUUGUCGAGCCGCAAAGACCAGAGCCAGGCUGAGGAAGCCCGCUCUCUGCGAAAGAGUGCUUCGCAGCUUGCCAAACUUGAGCAAGAGCAGUUAAAUUCACUGAACCUUCAAGCCGCCAACAGCGAUAACAUGCAGGCUCUUCAAACGAUCCACACUGUACAAAACUCAGGAGCCCCGCCGGCUGGUGGAUCAGAGAACACCCCUCAGAACCAAGCCACUCUUCCUCAAGCAGAUUCCACAUCGGCUUCAGCAGCAUCGGUGCUUCCAGCGGCGCUUCCAUCGGCAGCAGCAGAACCAGCGCUGCCAUCAUCAGGAGUCUCGCUGCCCUCGGCGGAAGCGGGGUCACCAUCAGCAGACUCGGCGUCGGGAAAGCCUUAG